ACUAAACAUGUUUUGGACGGUACAAGAAACAUCCGGGUCUCUCAGGUUCCUGCUUGGCGACCCGUCGCCAUUAGUGCAAGCGCUUUGAAACGGACUUAUAUUUUGACCAAAAACCUCGACAUUGGCACGUUUUCCAGUUUUUGGAAAACACUUGCCGCCUUGUUAAGGGCAAUUUGUUCUCCCCGACGAGUUUAAACCUUAAAUUCGUGGGGUCUUGGCCCCGCGUGGCGAGUUUUCGUCCUCUCUUCUAACAGCUUCCAUAACUUGAGACGCCGAAAUCGUGUCUCUAUUUUUUCUCGGUUUGUUUUGUUGUCAAGAUGUCGCCGUGAUGGGGUCUCCGCGUUUGACAGAAAUGAAUCAGGGCCUUCGUCGCCUUACCCGCACUCACUGCAGCCCGCUUUCCUAUUCAGUUUUUCAGUUUGAUGCUAGAGAGCUCGGCGGCUCUCUGCCCGGAGCUCGGCCUCACUUCUGCUCACCGCACGGAGACAAACAUGGAGAAAAACCCCAACAGCAACACCAGCACCAAGGUUCCGCCCCGUUCAAGCUCUACAGGCCCUACACCGGGCGAAUCUAAACCCAAAACAGGUGAAUUCAUUUACUUAAUAACAUUAAUAUCGCUUAAAGUUAUAAAGCUGUUCCCCUGGUUAAACGCCUCUCUAAGCCCUGAUAAGGCCUGUUUGGGCCUAGCAGUAGCGCAGCGUUGUUUAUCUGAUAGGGCUGACGUCGCUGACAAAAUAUCUGACCCUCUGAACUGUCAGUCCUGCAGCUGAUGGUCGCUGCACGCUGCACUAUAUUUGUAUGUCUAAUAAUACCAGAACUGUACAUUAAUAUGCAUAGACACUGACAACGUUUAACAGCCAUUUUAACAGACACUUGACAGUUACAGGAGUAUAAUAACAACGAUUAAGAGGGUGUGCAGGAAGAACUUAUGUCAGUUAUUUGUAAUGAAUGUGUAUUAUUUACCAGCCAUAGUGAUAUUCCAAUCCAAUCUAAUCCAUGUUUAUUAAAAAGCACAUUUUAAAACAACAAAACAUGACCAAAGUGCUGUACAGUGAAAAUUAAAAAACAAUAAUAAACAGACAAUUUACACGAACAAUAAAACAAAAACAGGGGGACAUAGAUGGUUCAGUAACAAUAUAAUAAUAAUAAUAAUAAUGCAUUUUAUUUGUAUAGCGCUUUUACAGGAACUCAAAGACACUUUACAAAAACAUAACAAAAAUACAAUGAGGCAAAGAUUAAUAGUAACAAGCUAAAAAUAAGGUAAAAUAUAAUAAAAAGAGCACAAGUGGGAAGGGCAGAUGUGAAAGGUGGGAUUAUGAUGAGUCAGGGGGGUCAGGUAAUAAAAGCGAGUGUGAAAAGGUGGGUUUUGAGGGCGGAUUUGAAGCUGUAUAGGUCCGGGCAUUCACGGAUGUGUUUAGGGAGGGGGUUCCAGAGGGUGGGGGUGGAGACGCUGAAGGCCAAGUUCUCAGGAGUAAAAGUGUGUUUUCAAGUUUGAUUCAAAAACAGGCUGUGAGGGGGACAGUUAGACAUGAAGAGGGAGAGCAUUUCAGAGCUGAGGCGCAGCAAUAGGAAAAGCACGGUCACCUCUGAACUUUAAUCUUGACCUAGGGACAGUCAGAUGGCGCCGGACAGAGGAUCCGAGAGUCUGAGAUGAAAUAUAGGGUUUUAAAAGGUCAGAGAGAUGAAAAGGAGCAAGCCCGUUUAAAAGAUUUAUAAGUUAAUAACAAAAUUUUAAACUCAAUCCUAAAACGCACAGGAAGCCAGUGAAGAGAGGCUAUAGGGGGAAAUUGUGGUCAUAAUUACAGCGACCAGAUAAAACACAAGUUGCGGUAUUUUGAACGAGCUGUAAACGAUUAAGAGAGGUUUGGCUGGUACCAUAAUUAAGUUUAUUGCAAUAAUCAAGACGAUAUUAUUUAACAUUUUGUUUACAGGCGCAAAAUGACACUUCAGACUUCAGAUGACUGUUCUUGAUUCUGUCAUAAAACAGAAAUCAGACAACAGCAUGUGGUCGUGAUUUAAUUUUGUGUAUUUGUGUGAAUAUUUUGUGUUUCAGAGAGUAAAAACAAUGGAGGCUCCAAGCGCUACAACCGCAAGCGUGAGCCAUCCUUUCCCAAAACCGAUAGUUUCCCAGGUACUCGCCGCCCCAAUCCACAGAAAAGCAAGAAUUUUGACAAGAGACCCCCCCAGAGAGGUGGAGGACGGCAGUUCGGUGUUGCAGGUGGAGGACGACGUGAGGAGGUUGGUGUUAUCUUUUUAUUCAAGACUCUGACUGUCGCUUUUAGGAAGUACCUAACAGAUGGUUGUCUACCUCUCCACUUUUAGGUAGCAGAGACACGCCGGGCCGAGUUUAGCCCGGCUCAGUUUGCUGGACCGAAGAAAAUAAGCUUAAACCACCUUCUGAACUUCACCUUUGAACCACGUGGAGGAAAUGGUGGCGUCGGAGACGGCGGCCAUGCCUGUUGGGGCCGCCGAAAUAAAUGGGGCCACAAGCACAAGCCCUUCAACAAGGAGCUUUUUCUGCAGGCCAAGUAAGCAGCCUCUCUGUACGUCACAUGAUGUGAAGUGGAAAGCACAAAUGCGUGGGAGCUGACUAAGUUUGUGUGUUUCAGCUGCCAGUUUGUGGUGACUGAUGAUCAGGACUACAAGGCUCACUUCACUGAUCCGGACACUCUGGUGAACUGGGACUGUGUGCAACAAGUGGUGAGUGUUUAUCCUUUGUUGAAAUGUGAGAAAUGAGUGCCACACUGACUACUUUUGUAUUUAUGGACACUCUCUUUGUGUACUCCUCCAGCGCAUCUACAGUCAUGAGGUGCCAUCUUGUCCAAUCUGCCUCUACCCUCCUGUGACAGCCCGCAUCACCCGGUGUGGACACAUCUUCUGCUGGCCGUGCAUGCUGCACUACCUCUCUCUGAGCGACAAGAGCUGGUCCAAGUGCCCCAUCUGCUACGAGGCCGUUCAAACUGCUGACCUGAAGAGGUAAGUGGGAAUCAAAAAAGCUUGAAUAAAACAAAUACUCUCUGCACACACGAGUUCACACCUUCACACACCUCAAAAGCGUCACUGCGAGACAUUUAAACACUUCUUGAAUGGUCGGGUUUCUUGACAGUUUUCCUUUAUAUUUUGUGCAGCGUUGUUGCUAUGGAGACCAGGCAGUAUGUGGUCGGUGAUGUUAUCACCAUGCGUCUGAUGCGGAGGGAGAAAGGGGCUCUGGUGGCCAUGCCCAGCUCUCAGUGGGUGAAGGUGGCAGAGCCUGUUCGCUUUGGAGGUGAAGGACUGAAGAAUUUUUCUCUUGUUCUCUUUAUUUGUUGGAUCCAAUUCUUCUCUUAAUUGUCGUCUCCUGUCAACAACAAAACCAUCUUAUUUUUAGUUUUACAAGCACAUCAAUAUAAACUAGAAGCUAACUCUGUCAUUGUGUUGCAGAUGCGAGUCUCAGCCAGUACUCCAAGCUGCUGCUGGCCUCCCCUGCACAGGUCCUGAGCCUCGUGAUGGAGGAGAAAGCAGUCCUGCAGGCCAAACUCAGCCUAGAGGAGGACACCCAAGGGUGCUUCAUCCAGAGCGCUCUUUGUCUUCUGCAAGUGAGUGAAUUUACACACAUAUCAGCUUUAUGAAUAGAGUAAUAGACGGUGAACCUUAGAGGACAAGUCUAUAUGUCAUCUUGCAAUUUCACAAAUAAAUGUUGCUCAGGACAGAAGCGUGUGCUAAAUAAAUGGUAACAUUAUGAGAUGAAUGCUUUAAACUGCAGCGUAAACUUCACAUUUUUCAUCUUAUGUCUCAAACAUUUCAAACUUUCUGUGUCGUUUAGGAGCAAGAGGAACUGCUGCUGAAGGAGCAGAAGGUGAAUGUGGGUGACGGCCUGGACAUGUCCUGUCUGACCCUGGAGGAGACGACUCCUCCUGAGGAGGAAGUGGUCACUCACACCAGCAGCUCUAAGGUCAGUCUCAGAAACAUCUUUACAUCUUUCCUGGUUUGAGAUUUUUGUAUUUGCUGAUGAUGGGAUUAAAUCCUUUGAGUGUCAUGCUCUGCCUCAGUGUUAAACUUUAUAUGGUACUGUGGUUAUGUUUGUGAUCACUAAGAUUCGUCUGUUCCUUUUUCUAGCCUGUGCUGCAAUACUCCUCUGCGUUCGAUGAUGAAGUGGAGGAGGUUGCAGAGGUUGAGGAGGUCCCAGAGGCCCCUGAGGCUGCCACUGUAGAGCUGCCAGGCCCCCCUGAAGACAUUUUGGAGUGUGUCCUGGAGGAGCCUCCAGAGGCUGUGAUGGAUGAAGCUCCAGAACCAGAGCCUGAUGAAGAGAGUCCUCCUAACCAGGCAGAGGGCCGUCCCUCAACCAGUGCAGUGCACGGACCUUACUACUACUUCUACCAAGGUUUGUUACUCCCCACUCUUACAGCCUAACCUUUGAGUUUUCAACGACAGAAUCACACAGUUUAAACUCAUGUGGAGCUGACAGUGAUGCACACAAAGCUGAACAUUAAACAAAUAACCUCAGAGGAGCUCUUAAUUAGUAAAGAUUAUUUUUUCAUGGUCCUGCCUUGGGAAGGUAAAACCCAAAACAAACAGAUGAAUCAAAGCAAAAAUAAACGUGGGAGUUAUAACUUUUAUCAGAGAAACGAGGAACAGCGCAGACAGACUGUUUGUCUUGACCGUUCUCUUAGCUGUCUUCAGAGUAAGAAUCAAACUUUCUUACUUUACAUCUUAACCUUUCUUUCUGUAUUUCUCUCACCAGCUGACGACUGCCAGCAGAUGUUCCUGCACCCUGUGAAUGUACGCUGUUUGUUACGGGAAUACGGCAGCUUGGAGGCCAGUCCUGACUCCAUCACUGCCAAAGUGGUGGAGAUCGUGGGACACACAGUCACUGAGGUCAGCGAACAAAAGAGUCAAAUGUCUGAACUGGUCAGAAAACUAAUCAUAACUCGUCUAGUUUCAGACAGCUUACACUUUGAUUAUUUUUGUGCAUUAACUUCCUGCAGGACAUCCGUCGUCGACAUCGCUACCUAGCUCACCUUCCGCUCACAUGUGAGUUCAGCAUCUGUGAGUUGGCUCUUCAGCCUCCGAUCCUGUCCAAAGAAACUCUCGACACCUUUGCAGGUUGGAAUCUUUUUAUUUUCAUACUUUUAACAUGUUAAUUUAAAGUUGAAGGACAGAGACUUCAGGUCCAAUUCUCAUUCCUUUACAGAUGAUUUGGAGAAGAGGAAGCGCCUGAGGCAGAAAAAAGUGAGGGAUGAGAAGCGCCGAGAAAGACGGAUUGAAAUCGAGGAGAACAAGAAGCAGGGUAAAUGUAAGUACUGCUGGAUGGGGAAGAUAAAGAUGAAGACAAAUAUAACAAACAGAUGUGUAACUUUAUUCAUUUGUAUCCGUACACAGAUCCAGAGGUGCAUAUCGGGUUGGAGAACCUUCACCAUUUUCCAGCAUUUGGGUCUCCGCCGUUUUACAGCAGCCCCCCAGUUCAGCCUGAUUUCACGUUCAACCCGCCCUCUCCCCUCAGCAGCAGCCCUUCUGCAGGUGAGAACAACUUCUUCUUUCUCUGCAGGUUUUCUGUUCGGUGCUGUCACCUCAAUCUUCGACACCUAAAUGCUGUUAGCUGAGUCUCAUUUUGUUUGUUUCUUAGAUGGAAUGAAAUUCCCGGGUCCGAACGGACAAAGCUCUUCACCCAUCGUGGGUAGUGUGGAGGACGACUCCCACUGUAUGUCUUUUGCACAGGUGAGUACGGCGAACACAAAAGGAAGUCCAGUAUAAUAAUAAUCCUAAGUCUGAAUUGUUAACCUGGUUUACGUGACGUGAUGCUACUGUUUUUGUGUUCUGUGCAGAUGUUAAGAGACGGGAAAGCCAGAGUUGAUGCUGGGCCCAGGAUCACCCCAAAGAAAGGUAGAACAAGAUGACACAAAAGCAGUAUGUCAACAUUUGAACAGCUGAAAGCUCUUUGGCUGUAUUGAUUCAGAAACUGGUUGUGCUUGCAGGAAAAUGUGAACAGCUAAUUCACAUUUUGUUCCAACGUCGCCGCCCUUCAGAAUUGAACAUUUUUUUCCAUCCAUCUCACUCUGCAGGUGUUGGAUAGAGGAUGUUGUUUUGGUUUUUUAGAUUGUAGUCCCUACCUGAUUAAAAUGAAUUCACACCAAAAAGGGUUAAAUGCACGAUUGCUGAGCUGCAGACACUGUCAGUCUACUUUGUUAUCAGAUCUAAGAAAAAUAACCCAAACUAUUCAGAACAGAUGACCAGGGAGCGUGUAAUAGUUCAUCACUGACAUAUUCUCCAUGUGGAGGUCGCUGAGUGGUCGUCGGUUAAUGGCUUUAACUGAAUCUUGGACUGAUUGACCUCAUUUGUUUUAGAGUUGGAGUCUGCUUGUUGUGAUUAAUAUUUUUUUGACUAAAGUAAAUAGAGGACUGUCUCUCUGUAUCAGGUCCUUGUUUCGUUCUCACACAGUGUUUAAACCAUUAGAUGGUUAGUCAUCUCCAUAUUUAAAGAUUGCUUUGACCUUUUGUACGCUGUGUUUGUACAGCAUGUUAUGAAGUUUGUGAGGGUAAAACUGUUGUGCAUUAUUGUGUAUUUCCUGUAAAACCUGUUUUUGUUGCUGCCAAGCAGUGCUGUCCCUGGAGGCUUUUUUGACGUCAGUGUCGUGUCUUGUGCCUCGUAGAUAAGCUGUUAGCUCCUCCAGCAGCGGACAGCGAUGGAGAAAGCGACGGGUCGGACCGCGUCCCUGUGCCCAGCUUCCAAAACUCCUUCAGUCAGGCUUUUGAGAAGGCACUUCUGCAGCUGGACAGUGGUCCAGCUACUCCUCCACAACCUGUGGUUGAACCAGGUCUGGUACUUUAAGAUCAAAUAUAUUUAUUCUAACGCUGAAGUUUCCAGUCUGAGACUCGUACUCACUCUCGAUGUCUUCUUUUUCAGAUGAGAAAGGAGGAAAGAAGAAAAAGAAAAAGCAGAAACUUCUGUUCAGCACAUCCAUGGUUCACACCAAGUAGACAACACUGAAGUUCAUUUCAUCCACCUGUUUCUUUGGUCGAUCUUCCUUCUCUUGUUUUUGCUUCCAUGCAGAUUAUUUUCCAGAACCAACCGAUGGAAACAGUCUGCAGAAAGUAGCCAAAGUUCAUGCUACUUGUUAUUGUUCCUCUGCGUGUGUGAUCCUCAGUCGGUCAUCACACCGUCAGUUUGAUUUGCAUUUAUUUACGGCUAGGUCAGCGCUUUGCCACAAACUCAUACCGAAAGCUUCAUGUGGAACAUUUUGUUCAGAUGCUAAACAAAAUCAGGAUUACUGCACCAGCAGGCUCUAACAUAUGCUUUGUGCUUUUAUGAUAGAUACUUGACCUGCAUUAAAGGGGUUGCCCACUUUCCUGUAUUUAACUCUAGAAGCUGCAUCCAGGACCCUUGAGUAAUGUGGAUUAGAUAAUUGUAAGGUGCUUUGUUAUAAAAUAGCAGUCAGCCAGCUGCAGAUACAAGCUCCUUAUAGUCUUUCCAGGAUACUCAGUACAAAAAUUCAAUCUGGACCUGAAGUGUAGAGCAGAUUAAACUGAUCAAAAUGUAGAUUUCUUGUAGUUUUUUCCGAGGUUAGUGUCAGCCUUUUAAUCAGGAUAAACUUUGGGGGGUGGUGCUGCUUUGACCUAACUCCCCUAGUAUUUUGUAACAACACAAAAACAGAAUGUUCUUAUAUCAAAGUGAGGAAGUAAAAACAGUAUUAAGAGAUUAGGUUUGUUGGUUCAACAGAGAUCCAGUAUAUUCUACCUGGUUUAACUAUAAAUACGCACUUUCUUAUUCAUUCAUUCAUUUUCUCCUCUGUGUCACCUUCUGUUGUAGAAUAUUUACUAACCUAUUACACCUCCCAGUUUAAUGUCAGUGUUGGAAAAAGUGUGAGGCUGAACAUAACUGCUGACGUUUAGAAGAUGCCGGUGAGACCUGACGAGAAAAGUGGAUAAAAAUGUUAUUUUGUUGGCGGGUUCUUUAAUUCACUUUUAAUUUUGAGCAAGUUUAGACUGGUGAGUACAACUAGUCUGUUGAAUGAAUAAACAAUUAUGCACAAUCAAAAUACUGCCUGUUUGGUUCUUGAUUUAACGAAUGCCAAGGACAAUAAAGGAUCAUGGGUUGGUAAGGUCAAACUCAAGAACUCGCUAUCCAAUUAAGACAUUGGCCACCAUCUGUCUGGUGCAGUUAACACUUUUCACCACAUGAGGGCAGCUCUGACUAAUGGUACACAUCAUUUAUGAAGUUAGGACUAAUUCUGUAGGUCGAACACCUCUUUAAUACAAGGAAAGGACUAAGUUUCUUGAGGAUAUUUAAGAGGAUAUCGGAAUGAUUAAAUCUACAGAUUUUUCCGUUCCUGUUGAAGUUGUUUUCUAAAUCAAGAUCAAGAGUGGCCAAAGGUUUUCGUUUCAACUUUCAGGUGGGGCUAAAUAUGUUUUUAGCCCAAUAAUAAACCAAUUAACCCCUCAUGGCCUGGGUGGGAUAAUCCCUUGGUCUGUAGUAAGAAAUUGAAGAUGCAUAAAGUUAAAUAAAUUGAGUUGAACAUCA